AUGAGCUCUUUCAAGAACGUUGCUCUCCUUGGCAAAGGGCUCUUGGGAAGCGCAAUCACCACUGAACUUGCCAACGCUGGCUUCAAUGUUACAGUAUUCGGCCGCGCCGAGUCUGCCUCAGGAGACCUCCCUGCUGGGGUGCACUUCAAGACGAUCGACUACUCCACAGUUGACACCAUCGCCACGGCCGUCAAGGGGCAGGAUGUCAUCGUCUCAACCCUUAGCAAGGGCGGCCUCUUCAUCCAGAGAACUGUCAUUGACGGCGCUAUCAAGGCUGGCGUCAAGCGCUACAUCCCUUCCGACUGGGGCUCCUUCACCACCGACCCCAAGGCGGCAGCCGAGCUUACCGUCAUGAUGAAGCCCUUCACCGACACGCAGAACUACCUGAAGGAGAAGGCCGGCGAGAUCGAGCACACAAUCUUCUCCGUCGGCGGCUUCACCGACCUCAUCGUCAAGUUCCCCAUCGCCUUUGACUACGCGAACAAGACGGCGGCCGUGACGAACGGGGGCCACGCCCGCUUCGCCAGCACCAGUCUUGCCGGCAUCGGCAAGGCGGUCGCGGGCGCUUUGAAGAACCCUGAGGCAACAAAGAAUCGCAAUCUGAAGAUCCAAGAGUUCGAGGUCUCUCAGGCGCAGCUGCUUGCGCUCGCGAAGAAGUACUCGCCGCCCGGCACCGAGUGGAAGGAGACUGAGCUUGACGGUGAAGUUGAGCUGGAAAAGAACCUGAAAGCCGCACAGGAGGACUCCACCAACGAGUUCGCUAUGAUGGGUCUAAUCAAGGCUGCACUACUCAGCGGCCGAUACAAGUCUUCUUACGACAAGCUCGAUAACGAGCUCGUGGGCCUCCCGAUUCUGACCGAGAAGGAUCUAGAGGCUAAGUUCGCGGCGGUGUACAGUUCCUAG